AUGGCUGCGCCCUUGCAGAAGUGCUGAAGAAGUGACUGCGGAGAAAUACGCGGGAUUGCGUGUUAUUUCCAGGCAAACCAUCACACCAAAUCAGCCACCGGGGUCGCCGGUUUGUAGAAGAAGACCUCACGGUCCCAGACGUCGAGAAGUGUGGCCGGUGCUUCGCGUGGCUGUGGCAGACUGUCCGCUUGAAGAUGGGCCUCGUCUCCAGCCCCUUCCCAUAGCGAAGAGCCGUGGGGAGAGGAGCCGCAGAUUCCCCUGCAAGCACGCACCCGUCCAGCUCGGAUUUGACGGGUUUGACAUACUAUACAGGUUGUGGACGCUGCCCUACAAUUUCCUGACCAGGAUUGUUUGCGCCACCGUGUCCGUCAUCGUCCGCAGACGGAGAGGUUCCCCAGCUCGGGCUGAUUAUCCCACCGCACCAAGGGCCCUGAUGAAAAUGGACGCAGACCUGAUUCAUUCUCCGGCCGCGGGCUUCACUGAGGAAGAGGAGGCUGACAUGAAUGACUGGAAGCUUCCCCUGGCCUUCAUGAAGAAACGCCACUCUGAGAAGAUUGAGGGUUCCAAGGCCUUAGCUCAAAGCUGGAGGAUGAAGGACAGGAUGAAGACGGUGAGUGUGGCGCUGGUGUUGUGUCUCAACGUGGGAGUGGACCCCCCUGAUGUGGUCAAGACCUCCCCCUGCGCCAGACUGGAGUGCUGGAUAGAUCCUCUGUCAAUGAGUCCACAGAAAGCCCUGGAGACCAUCGGGGCCAAUCUGCAGAAGCAAUAUGAAAACUGGCAACCCAGGGCGCGUUACAAACAAAGUCUGGACCCCACGGUGGACGAGGUGAAGAAGCUGUGCACGUCACUGAGACGCAACGCCAAAGAGGAGCGAGUCCUCUUCCACUACAACGGCCACGGCGUCCCGCGGCCCACUGUCAACGGGGAGAUCUGGGUUUUUAAUAAGAACUACACCCAGUACAUCCCGCUGUCCAUCUACGACCUGCAGACAUGGAUGGGGAGCCCGUCCAUUUUUGUCUACGACUGCUCCAACGCGGGAAUCAUUGUCAAGUCGUUUAAACAGUUCGCCCUGCAGAGAGAGCAGGAACUGGAGGUCGCAGCCAUUAACCCCGGCCACCCGCUCGCUCAGAUGCCACUGCCGCCCUCGAUGAAGAACUGCAUCCAGCUGGCGGCCUGCGAGGCCAGCGAGCUGCUGCCCAUGAACCCAGACCUGCCGGCUGACCUCUUCACCUCCUGCCUCACCACACCCAUCAAGAUCGCCCUCCGAUGGUUUUGUAUGCAGAAGAGUGCCAAGUUGGUGCCAGGGGUGACAUUGGACCUCAUCGAGAAGAUCCCCGGCAGGCUCAACGACAGACGGACCCCCCUCGGAGAGCUCAACUGGAUCUUCACAGCCAUCACAGACACAAUUGCCUGGAAUGUGCUCCCUAGAGAUCUGUUCCAGAAGUUGUUUCGUCAGGACCUGCUGGUGGCCAGCUUGUUCCGCAAUUUCCUGUUAGCAGAGAGAAUAAUGAGGUCGUACAACUGUACACCGGUCAGCAGUCCCAGACUGCCCCCUACAUACAUGCACGCCAUGUGGCAAGCGUGGGACCUGGCUGUGGAUAUAUGCCUCUCCCAGCUGCCUACCAUCAUUGAGGAGGGCACCACCUUCAGACACAGUCCCUUCUUUGCGGAGCAGCUGACUGCGUUCGAGGUGUGGUUGACGAUGGGCGUGGAGAACAGAAACCCUCCUGAGCAGCUCCCAAUUGUACUGCAGGUCCUCCUUAGUCAGGUCCACCGGCUGCGAGCCCUAGCCCUGCUCGGACGCUUUCUGGAUCUUGGUCCAUGGGCCGUCAGUCUGGCCCUGUCUGUGGGGAUCUUCCCGUACGUAUUAAAGCUGCUCCAGAGCUCAGCCAGAGAGCUGCGGCCUCUGCUGGUUUUCAUCUGGGCUAAAAUCCUCGCCGUGGACAGUUCAUGUCAAGCUGACCUGGUGAAGGACAACGGACACAAGUACUUCCUGUCUGUGUUAGCCGACAGUUACAUGCCAGCUGAACAUCGAACCAUGGCUGUCUUCAUACUCGCUGUCAUCGUCAACAGCUACAACACAGGACAGGAGGCCUGUCUGCAGGGCAACCUAAUAGCCAUCUGCCUGGAGCAGCUGUCGGACCCCCACCCCCUGCUCCGCCAGUGGGUGGCUAUUUGCCUGGGCCGCAUCUGGCAGAACUUUGACCCGGCGCGCUGGUGUGGAGUUCGAGACAGCGCCCAUGAGAAGCUCUACACGCUGCUGUCGGAUCCCAUCCCUGAGGUGAGGUGUGCGGCUGUCUUCGCUCUGGGGACGUUUGUGGGGAACUCUGCUGAGAGGACGGACCACUCCACCACCAUUGACCACAACGUGGCCAUGAUGCUGGCCCAACUCAUCAACGACGGCAGCCCCGUGGUCCGCAAGGAGCUGGUAGUAGCACUGAGUCACCUGGUGGUCCAGUAUGAAAGUAACUUCUGUACAGUUGCCCUCCAGUUUAUAGAAGAGGAGAAGAACUAUUCAGUGCCAUCACCAGCCAACACAACAGAAUCCGGUAACCUGACCCCAGUGAGGGACAGCCCGGCCAUCCCACGCCUCAGAUCGGUGAACUCUUACACCAACAUUCGUGCUGCUACCACCGUCCGCAACCUGAACAAGAGCCUGCAGAACCUCAACCUCAACGAAGAAGGUGGCCCAGUAGCCUUUUCUCCUGGUAACCUGAGCACCAGCAGCAGCGCCAGCAGCACUCUGGGGAGCCCCGACAAUGACGAGUACAUCCUCUCCUUUGAGACCAUCGACAAAAUGAGACGGGUGUCGUCCUAUUCUUCGCUCAACUCCCUUAUAGGUGUGUCCUUCAACAGUGUUUACACUCAGAUCUGGAGAGUGCUGCUGCAUCUCGCUGCAGACCCUUUUCCUGAAGUGUCCGAUCUGGCCAUGAAGGUGCUCAACAGCAUAGCAUACAAGGCCACAAUGAAUGCUCGGCCCCAGAGGAUCCUGGACUCUGGAUCUCUUACCCAGUCGGCCCCAGCCAGCCCCACCAGCAAGGGCACGCACAUCCACCAGGCUGGUGGCUCUCCUCCCAUGCCGAGCACCAGUAGCUCCAGUCUGACCAACGAGGUGCCCAAACCCCCCACCAGGGAGCCGCCGGCUGCACGACCUCCCUACACCCCCACGUCGGGAGGACAAGCGCCUCACUCCCACCAGUUCCCCCGCACCCGUAAGAUGUUUGACAAGGGACCCGAGCAGGGAGCUGAGGAUGGUGACGAGCCGGGCGGUCACAGGAACUACAUCUGUCCAGCCCUCCAGACGGGCCUGUGUGAUUGGAGCGCCAAGUAUUUCGCUCAACCGGUCAUGAAGAUCCCAGAGGAGCAUGACGUAGAAAGUCAGGUGAGGAUGGAUCGCCAGUGGAGGUUCUUGAGAAACACUCGUGUAAGAAAGCAGAGCCGAGGCAUCACACAAAAGGGUGUUUCGCGUCUGGAUGAUCAAAUAUUCAUCAACCGCAACCCUGGAGUACCAUCUGUGGUGAAGUUUCACCCCUUCAACACCUGCAUCGCUGUGGCCGACAAAGACAGCAUCUGUUUCUGGGACUGGGAGAAGGGUGAGCGGUUGGACUACUUCUACAACGGAAACCCUCGCUACACUCGCAUCACGGCCAUGGAGUACCUUAACGGACACGACUGUUCGUUACUGCUCACUGCCACAGACGACGGUGCGCUACGUAUUUGGAAGAACUUUGCCGACCAGAAGAACCCGGAGAUGGUGACGGCGUGGCAGGGCCUCUCCGACAUGCUGCCCACCACCAGAAGUCAGCCCAGCAUCUGCGCUCACAGUCUGGCCAGAAGGGUGUCCAUCUAUCUUGACAGGAGUAAGCAAGGUGGUGCAGGCAUGGUCGUUGACUGGGAGCAGGAGACGGGUCUCCUCAUGACGUCUGGAGAUGUCCGAGUCAUAAGGAUCUGGGACACUGACAGGGAGAUGAAGGUCCAGGACAUCCCAACCGGAGCGGACAGCUGUGUGACCAGCCUGUCCUGCGACUCCCAGCGCUCGCUCAUCGUCGCCGGUCUUGGUGACGGAUCCGUGCGCGUAUUCGACCGGAGGAUGGGUCCAAAUGAAUGUCGGGUUAUGACCUACAGGGAGCACGGGGCUUGGGUGGUCAAAGCUCAUCUACAGAAGGAGACUGACGGGCAUAUUAUUAGUGUCAGCGUUAACGGAGAUGUUCGGUUCUUUGAGCCGCGGAGCCCCGACUCCAUCAACGUGCUGCAGACAGUGAAGGGUUUGACAGCCCUGGACAUCCACCCGCAGGCCAACCUAUUUGCUUGCGGGUCGAUGAACCAGUUCAUAGCGGUCUACAAUUCUAACGGAGAUGUGAUCAGCAACAUAAAGUAUUAUGACGGCUUCAUGGGACAAAGGAUUGGGGCCAUCAGCUGCUUAGCUUUCCAUCCUCACUGGCCCCACUUGGCGGUAGGCAGCAACGACUACUACAUGUCCAUCUACUCCGCAGAGAAGAGGCUCAGAUAACACACCAGCUUCCAUCAACAAGCCUUCCCCAACAACUCCACCACAUUUGACUUCUGAACCACAGCCUCGAGCUCUGGGAUGUAAAGGACGUUUUUCUUGUACAUAUGCAAUUACCACCCUGAAUGUUCUAGUGAUGGCUGCUGACGAAAACUACGAAUGAACGACUACAUAUACAUAUAUAUAUAUAUACAUUAUAUAUCUAUAUAGAUAUACACAUGUAUGUAUGUAUCUAUAUAUACAUAUAUAAUUAUUAUUCUGUUUAUUGUUCUGAUGCUAAUGAUUGUAGUCUUGGCUGUGCUCAGGAGUGUGUAUAUUUAAAUAGCGCAUACAGAUGAAUAGAGGUUCUAUUUUAAAGAAGUGGUACCCACCGCACAGCCAGCGAGCAUCUCUGACAGAACGAACUGUGACCCCUGCAAAACUAUGCGGGGCGAGGGAGGGGCAGGUCGCCCGGUGGGGGGGGCACGUGCACUGUUCAAUCUCGUUUGAUGGUGCGGGAAACACAGGCUCGCCCCCCCCGCUGGACCCCGUCGUGUACGUGAAAUAUUUUGAAUGGCCGUCUCGCAGCCAAAGGACAGAGUUUUGCUACUUUGACUGUGCUCAUUCUGACGACCAGGCUGACUUGAUGAGUGUGUGUGUGUGUGUGUGUGUGUGUGUGUGUUUAAGUGGAUUACAGCACACAUGUGCCCCGCAGUGGGCCUUCAUGCCUUGGACUUAAUAGAUGCCCAAAAAAGAUGCCUGCUCCCAUGCUCAAACUCUCCAUCUUGCUUCCCCUGACCCAGUAUGCCAAACAUAAUCACAUUUUCCAUACAAGCCCUGUUUUUGUUAAUAAGGGGGUCUUUUUGUUUGUUUGUUUUUUUAUGUAUUGACUGUAAAAGGAAAGAACCUCAGUUGCCCCAGGGAUGAUACAAAUUAUUAUAUCCAGCACAGUGAGAGGCGGGCUAAAUAGAUAAAUACUAAGCACCUAGUCCUCCAGGGAGCCUGCGGUACCUGCCCGCUCGCCCUGCAAAGCAAUAAAAAUCUCACACGAUUCAGUGUCAAACAAAUGUUUCAGUUUGAAGGUGAUUACAGCAUCAAUAGCUUCCGACUGAUGAACUCCCCAAAAACCCCGCUACAGCAUCCAAAGGGGCCACAAUUAAGCAAAUCAAACAAACUCAUUCCCAGCUUAGUUUUUUAUACACCGUCCUGGAGGGUUGGGUCAUUAAGACAUCAGAUGAAUAAAGUUUUCUGUGAUUCACUUCUAACUACAGUAAUCAAAAGGUCCUCCAUAUCAAAAGAUUACAAAGGAAGCCCUAAUAUAUUUGUACCUUUUAUUUCUUCACUUGCACUGGCUUCAUAAACGGAAGUUGACCCUCGUUACUCAUGUGACCACAAUGAGUGAUUCAUCCCAACAGGAAUCACAUGCUCGUCCCUGUCAGGGUCACCUUUCAUUUUGAUAAUAAUACCCCCUGUAAUGUUUUUUUCCCCUUUGAAUUUUCAUUUUGAUUUUACCGCCAGGCUUGUUUGGUUUUUAUUUUGUUAAACAAAGUUGAAGGCCUAAAGUGAGUUGCAUGUUAAUCGGUGACAUCACUGCUGUGACACUCUCUCUCUACCUGUAUGUGCUCACUGUGUCAAGUUUUAGUGUCGAGUCCUACAUCCAGCUCAGGUACUUAAUGAGCCACCUCUAGCCAACGUCAACAACUGCCAGCCUCCGAAGUGUCUGCAGCAUGAUGGACAGGCGCGUGCAGUGAUGAGAUCAUCAGAUCAUGGACACAUUUAUGACACAAAUGUCAUGGUUGGUGCUGUUUGGCAAGGUGCCUCUUUGAUUCAAAGGGAAGUGCCCAGUUUGUUUGUUAUAUUUUGUGCAGUAUCACCGUAAAUGUGCCUCUUCCUUGGGGCUGCAGCUUUGCUUAUUAAGCUUUUUAAAAUAUUUUGUUCUUUUUCUGUUUUGUAAUUUUCUGUUUUAAAAUCCGCUGGCAUUUUGUUUGCCUCAGUGAGGUUGAAUGGGGGGAAAAAAGAGGGGCAGCCUUACCCUCUCUCACACACACACACACACACACACACACACUGCACACUAUCCUUGCCUCGAGUCAUCCCCAGUUUACCCCAACAGCCCCCCCCCCUGUACCCCCCUGCAGUUUAAGUUGUCACCAUCAAGCCGUCACUGCGCUCUGCGCGGCUCGGCCAUAGUUAUGUCAUUUGGCGCCGGACCAUUUGCUCAGAAUCACAUUCAUCUCAAUCCUGCUUUGAGUUUUACGAUUUUAGAUCCUGGAAAAAAAAGACUUUAACAGAGUAGUAAAGGAAACAUGAAAACAAUCAGAUCUUUCUCUGUGACUGCUUUGCUGAUGGUUUAUAAGUCAGGAGAUGAAAUAAACCAAAUACAACACUG